AUGGCCGCCCAGGUUGAGAGUGCUCCCAUUCCAGUUGCAGCCCCUGCCAAUGGCAAUGGCAUAGCUGCAUUGAUGAAGGCUCCAUUCAUCCCAAUCAAGAAUGGAACAGUCACUGCCACCCCCAUUACCGAACCACAAUCAAACCGUCUUGGUGUCUUGCGCGAAUUGAACUAUCGCAUGACAUCUCGAGUCUUUUCCAAGUUGGAUGUCGAAGCUCGUUCCAUAUUGGAGAGUGUAAAGUCGGCCGAUGAGGUCUUCGACAGCAUUGCCAUUGAGCGUCUACGUUACAUGCCUCGAGAUGGUAGCCAGCUGGAUCGUGUGUUCAAGUGGACCGCCUAUCUCAUUGCUCAAUUGGAUCAACUCUCCAAGGAGAUCCAGCCCUUUGCUCUGUAUUCCGAGGACUCUGUCCAGUCUAUGUGGGGUUCUUGUUUAGUCUUGCUUUCGCUUGGUCCUGAUCAAAUCGACCUUCUUUCCUAUGUUUUCGGCGCUUUCCACAACUUGGCGCAAGAUGUUUCCCGCCUGACAGCUCAAUGGCGCUCUCAGGAAUCAGUCACUGAUGCCCAGAGUGAGGUGGUUGCUGCUUAUUCCGAUCUCGUUGAGCUCAUUUGCAAUGUGAGCGUACACUAUUACCGCAAGGCACAUAAUUUCUCUCGGACUGUCGAUGUUUCGGACUUCCAUGCUCGUUUCUCGCACCACAUUCAUUCCUUCCAGUCCCACCGUGCUUCCCUCAUUGAAGUCUUGUGGACCAGCAGCUCAGCUACCUUGGAGUUUACCACAAACCCAGUAGUCAAAGUUCGGGAGAUUCGAGAGUUCCUUUCUUUCCACGACUGUGCUGUCCCUGCAAUCCUGUCUGCUCGCCAGCCUCGUGCAGCCGAGUAUACUUGCGAGUGGUUUGAGAGCCAAUUGACUCUUCAACAGGCUCGCCGUCCUGGCUUGACUGUCAUAAAUGGUGGAAUCGGUACUGGAAAAACCGUUCUUUCUCAGUGGAUUGUGGAUAAGCUGCACUCCUCUCCGGAUGGCGAUGAUACCGAUGUAGUCCUGUACAGAGUCUACGAUGACAUCAGCGAGACUGCUACUAGCAUCAAUGUCAUUAAGGGCUUGCUGCUUCAGCUUUUGGAUCGUCGGGUCGGAGACGCUGCCUUCCUUGAGGCUCUUGACCGAGCCAUCCACAUUGCACGUUCCAGUACCUCAAUCAAGGACAUCGAAGAGUCUCUUUGGAAUGCCGCUCUUGUUGCUUCAAAAGGCCUCCACGAGGUUUUGAUUAUUAUCGAUGGUCUGAGUGAGCUUUCGAGUCCUGCAGACUCUGUUCCUCGAGUAUUGAGUCACCUUUCUCGUCUCACUUCGCAUAGGCCUGGUGUUCGAGCUGUUGUGCUGUCACGGCCCCUCCGUUGCUCGCUUCCUCAAGGAACGCAUAACUUUACUAUCGAGCCAGCUCAUGUACUUGGUGAUAUCAAGACCGUCAUUUCGACUGAUCUGGAGUCUACCAGUCCUUUCAAUGUCCUCAAACGCGAUGACCGGGAAAAGCUCCUUGAGACUAUUGUCCAAAAGUCCCAUGGAUCCUUUAUUUGGGCGGCAUUGGUAGUGUCCAAUCUCACGAGGCUGCGAACACUGCCCGAUAUUUUGUCGGCUGUGCAGUCCACCCCCGCGUCUUUGAGCGAGGUACUCAACAAGCUAUUGACCACCAUCAAUAUCCAAGAUUCAGACACUCGCUCUCUGCUGGCUUGGACUCUGGCAGCUCAUCGGCCCUUCCGUGUCAGCGAGGUUCACGCCUUGUUUGAAACUGAUAUCAAGCGCAUGGAGCCUGUACACCAUAUCGGUGACACCACUAAAGAUAUCCUCAACGCUAUUGGGAACUUUGUGACUGUUUAUGACGGUUUCGUAUAUUUCCGUCAUCCCGCUUUGCGCCAAUACUUGAUCACCGUGGCUAGCGCUGUUACCGACUUUACAAACAAGGGCGGCUUUCCCUUCCACUUGAAGGAAGCUCACUACGAUCUCGUCACUCGCUGUCUGGCAUAUGUAAAGUUCCAUGUCCAAGAUGACUUGGAAGUGUCUUCUGUCACUAUCAGCACGUCAACUCAGAACCACUUCUUCGAUCGCUAUGAGCUACUGGAGUACACUGCACGUUACUGGCCUUCUCAUUUCACAUCGUCCCCCAUGGUAGAAGGCAAGGAUACCUUCAAGCUUACUGCCACUUUCAAGCAAUGCCUGCCUGACUCGAUUUUGUUGGCUCUACUUGAGACUAGCACCCAUCAGACCCAAUUAUCCUUGCAUACCGCGGAGCAAUACUUGUCUCUGUCGGUCAAGCUCCGCCGCUUGCUUUUCAAGGAUGUUUCUCAAUCCUUGCUGCAGAGCCUUGUACUCCACGGACGGUUGGCCUACACCCUUGGUCUUCAGGCCAGUGUGGACUAUCUAUACGAGGCUUGGGUUCUCAGCGAGAAACUUCUUGGCUCACAGAGUAGUGUAGUCAAGGCUACUGCUGAGCUGUUCAUGCAAUCCGUGAUCAAAAUUGAUAUCAAGGAGACCACCGUUAUCAAGAAGAAGGAGGCUAUCCUUCGCUACUUGAUUGAGCGCACCAAAGAAGAGCGAGGCGUGUCUCACGAUCUCACGGUCAAGUACACCAGGUCCCUAGUUCAGCUCUACAUUGAUGUUAAGAACAUUGAAGCAGCUACCACCAUUUGCAAGGAGCUAUAUGAGCUGAGCGUAACCCGCUAUGGUCGCUUCUCUUCCGAAACACAGGAGACCACCGAAAUCUUCUUUGAGCAGCUGCAAUUUUUCGGCAAGUCGGAAUUUGUUUCUGAAGUCAUGCAGACCCGCCAUGAGUACAACAUUCAACAUUUGGAGGUUACUGAUGAGCGUCGAAUUACAUCUACCCUUUCCAGUGUGGAAGUCUUUGAGCAGCGUGGUGAGAUCACUCGUGCUGAGUCUAGUCUCUUUGAGCUCUGGCAGAGUAUAUAUGGCGUGGAGCAAACAUCUGAAUCGGUGAUCAAGCAGCAGGUCGAUGUGACUUUGAAAUAUUCUGAGUUCCUCACCAAGCACGGCCGCAAGGAUGAAGCUGAGACCAUUGUCAGCGGCAUGUGGGUGUCUCUGCAACAACAAUCUUCUCGCUUUGAGAGCCUCAGCUCCACCAUUGAGAAGUUUACUUCCCAUAUCAAGACACAGAAAUGGUACUCUCUGGCCGAGUUCGCUCUCUCCUCUCUUUGGAGUCAAUACAAAUCCGAAAAGCGUACUAGCAGCUCUUCAACUGUUUCUGUCGCCUCGGCUUUGAGCGAAAUUGUCCAGGAGUCUAUUACUACGACUCGCUCCAGUACAUCUUCAAGUUCGUCCUCUUCCACUACCGUCCAGACCCAUCAGCAGUUCGAGCUCUUGCGUGAGGUUUUUGAGACUGCCUCUCAGUCAACUUCGGUCUCCAAGAAGUCUAUUACCGCUACCGUCCAAAUGGCAGAGACCAUUGCCGAAUCUUACGUUCAGCAAGGAAAGUAUGAGAAGGCCAUUGAGAUACAUCAGCGCUCGAUGCAAAAGUUAUGGACAGGUAUUGAAAGCAAGACUUCCGUUAUCAAGCUCACCGCUGAGACCACCCGCGUGGCUCGACAAGCCAUAAGCCUUGCCCAAGUCUACUUCAAGAACUUGCAAAUUGAGAAGGCCUCCAUGGUAUAUGAAAAUACGUUUAAGUCUGUUAUCUCAUCGGUCUCUGUCAAAGAUGAGCUAUUUGCUACUGUUACCAAAGAUGUCAUCUCCUUCUACGAGUCUACCUACCAGUUCUCCAAGGUCACAUCCAUGUACCAGGCAGUCUAUAACGUGCUGUCAACUCAAAUUGGUAACACAGAUCAGCGGACUAUCCAAGCCCUCUACAGCUGGGGUGACCGAGCUAUCAAGUAUCACCAAGAGGCAGAGGCGGAGAAAGCAUACUACGAGAUCUACGUUGCUUUCGGCAAGAAGGAUACUCUCAAUGUCCACUCCAUUCGCGCAGCUCGCGCUUUAUGCACUAUCUACGAAAGUAGCAAGCGCUGGAAGGAGGCCCAGCAAGUGUAUGAGAUUCUGUGGAAGACCGUCACUCUCCAAGGCCAAGAGUUGUCCAUCGAAAGUGAGGAGAUUGAGACGAUCUACUCUCGCUAUUCAUCCUUGUUGGAGACACACGUUAAGGCAGAUGUGACCGUAAUCCACAGUUUGGCAACUAGCUACCGCGAGACCUGCUUGAAGAUCUACGGCGAGUCCCAUGUCUCCACCUACAAGGCCACCAUGAGACUGGCCGAGAUUAGCCAUUCCAGCGAGAAGUACCACAAGGAGUCCCUUUCACUGUAUGAGUACGCUCUCAAGAUGAGCUCAAAGUUCUCUUCUACUGUCGACACUCGCGAGGUUUCCGAGUCGAGUACAACUACUACUACCUCGACUGUCAGUAUCAUCAAGCAGCGGCUUGCUCAGCUGUACUCAAGCAGCACUGAGACUGUUUCCAAGGCUGUCUCACUCUACCAAGAAGAUUAUCAUUCUUCUGUCAAGCAAGAGGGUUACGCAUCGCAGACCAGUCUCACUGCCCUUGAACAUCUUGUGACUUCAUACCACAAGCAAAAUACCAAGACUUCGACCACCGAGGCCGUGAAGACUCUGACAACUGCCACUACUUCUAUCUUUGAGCAGGAAAUUGACUCUCAGCGCAUGUACAAAUCUUCCCAGACCAUUGCACAGAUGUACAAGUCUGUCGGACACCAAGAAGCCGCAUGGACCCUGCUGCAAACCCUUCGGUCUCGUCUAAUCCGUGAAACAACCAGCAUUGAGAAGACGACUAUUUCUCGAAAGGUUGCAGUCUUCAUCGUCGCUUUUGAAGAAUCACUCUUCCAGAAGCGCACAUACACCGCGAUCAUGGCCGAACUCGUAUCCGAGAUCAACUUGUACGAAUCAUUCUACACUUCCCGCAAAGAGAAAGGAUUCAUGUCUAUCUUCAUCAGCGGUGUCCGCCUGCUGAACUUCCAGCGCACUCGCAAUGCCACAGAAGAGCUCCAAAAGACCGACAUCGAGCUGUUCCGCUUGUUCACUGAGCAUUUCUCUGUUAAGACGCAGUCGAGCAAAGUCAGCAUCCAAGCUUUCUAUCAGAUUGCUAUUGCGGAGAUCACUAAGCGCGAAUAUGGGACUCACAUAAUUUCCAAGACUGUCCGUGCUGUACACCAUGAGAUUGAGCAGGGCCACUUCCAGGAAGCUUAUGAGCUUUCUAGCAUCCUGCACAAGUUUAUCCAGCAGAUCGAUGGUUUCAGCACUCACAGUAACACCAAAGACGGUAUUUUGCUUGCCAAGUACCUCCUCGGUCACGGUGUCAAGAAAUCCCCGGACGCUAAGCUGGUCAAGGCUAUGCAUGAGCUUUCACGUGUUGUACUUCAGGAUAUUCUGAUCGUUUACCGCGACACCAGUGUCCGCUUCACUGAUUUGGAUGUGAGCGAGGUCAACGAGAUUGCCAUUCUCCUAGGCGAACACAGAAACUUCGAGGACCUAGAGUACGUUCUCAACGACCUCUGGUCUUCCCGUAUCGUCCAAAAGACCUGGUCAUCGGAUACAAUAAUCUCCAUCGGAAGACGCCUCGUCGAAGCCCGCUUCUCCUGCGGCCGCAAGGAACAAGCCAUCCGUCUCUGCGCAGACUUGUGCUACAACAUUGGCCGAGUAUGGGGCCAAUUCGACCGCAUCACCCUAGAGCUCACAGCCCUGCUUUCAGAACUAUAUACAGAGACAGGCAACUACUCCGGCGCAAUGGCAGUGCACGAGACAGCUCUGCGUCAAGUAUCACACACGCAGACAGACGUGACAUCAGCCGAGAUGGGCGCAUUCGCUGUCCAGCAUGCUGAGCUUUUGAAGCGUGCUUACCAACGGAACGGAGGCUGGGCCAAACAGUCUGGUGUUUACACUGAUCUUCUCGGCAAGGUCAAUGAGCAGUUGAAAGCUGAGAAGACUUGGUCGAAGUCUUCCCUGGAGAGUGUUGACAAGUGGCAGCCUAAGGGUGCUGAUAGUCUGGGGUUAUGGCAGCCUCCUACUACAUAUGGUUUCCUUACUUCUGGGAAGAUCAAUAAGCAUCAGAAUCAGCUACGGAAGAUUAGUACUGGCAAGGUGAUGACUUUGAGUCAGAUGGCUACUUGA